AUGGGGUAUUAUAUCGGCGAAGAUGUGCGCGCGAACAUCCAUACGUACAAGUAUGCGGGCGAGGACCAUUCUUUUGUGUCCAAGUACAUCCUUGGCCCUUACUGGAACUGGCUUGUAACUCUUUUCCCGCUCAGCGUUGCGCCCAACACCAUUACGCUUCUUGGCCUAGUGCUUAUUUUGCUAAAUUUCGUGUCUUUGCUAGCGCUCGACUGGAAGCUGGAUAACAGCACGUCUCUGCGUGUUGGCGUGCUUGACAACUUUGAGGUCCCUCUUCCCGUCGUGUCGAUGAUGCCGAACAAAGGCCUGCCGAGCGGCUUGGACGGCACGCCCGGCACAAUGCACGCAGUGAUUCCCCCAGCACUCCUAGUCGUUUGGGCCUUUUCCCUCUUCAUGUACCAGAGUCUCGAUAGCAUUGAUGGGAAGCAGGCGCGACGUACGCGUAUGGCUGGCCCUCUCGGCGAGCUAUUUGACCACGGCUGCGAUGCACUGAACACGACCCUCGGCACCUUUCUUGUCGCUUCUGCCACGGGCCUUGGACGCUCGUACUGGACCAUAUGUGCGCUGGUCUCGGCCAUGGCCAACUUCUACCUGACUACCUGGGAAGAAUUUCACACCCACAUCCUUUUCCUCUCCUGGUUUUCCGGCCCCGUCGAGGGCAUUUUGCUCAUCUGCUCCAUCUAUCUCAUGGCGGCAGCAUUUGGAGGGCCUGCAUUUUGCCUUAGUGGCAUUUGGAAUGCGACGGGUCUGGUAAAUGUGUCGUUUGUCCGCGAGUACCUCGCUUGGAUGAACUGGCCCAUCUCGGACGUGCUCAUGGCAUUUGGGUUUGCAGGGCUGCUGGCGAAUGCGUUUGGCGCGUACGGGAAUGUAUAUGCGUCGUGCAAGCGCAAAGGUACUUCGGUGUCGGAGCCGCUGCUGGGCCUCGUGCCGUUUGUGUUCCAGUGCGUGAGCAAUAUUGCGUGGAUGCUGGGGAAUGGGCAGCGUGUGUUUGUGCAAGGCUCUCUCUUUAUACCAUUUCUUUGCUUCUGGGGCCUUUCUUUCGCCUACCUGGUCGGUCUUUUGAUUCUCUCGCACGUUGCCAAGACGCGGUUCCCCUUUGCCAACUGGCUUUUUAUCCCCAGCUUGAUUGGCGCUGUGGAUGCAUGGCUUCCUCAGCCCUUGCUCCAAACGUCACCGGCUGCAGCACAGGGCGUUGUGUACGGCGCGCUUGCGAUGUCUGUGCUUGUGUAUGGCCACUUUGUAUACGAUGUCAUCACCGCCAUCACCAAAGAGACUGGCCGACCCUGCUUUAGGGUCGUUCGUAGCAAAGACGGCAAUUGA